AUGGCUACUACUGCAAGCAAUAGUGGUAACCUUAUUGGCAGCAAACGAGUAGAUGUUAGUCGGAAUCAUUAUGACGUGUUGGAGGUGAAUGCAAGGACAGCUACACCUGCUGAUAUUAAAAGGAGUUUUAGACGGUUGUGCCUCAAGUACCACCCCGACAAGUCAGGUCCUGAUGGUAUUGGUCGCUUCCAAGAAAUUAAGGUUGCUUAUGACGUAUUGUCGGAUACUCUUAAGAAAGCGCAGUUCGACCAUAUCUUCUUUUAUUCACGCGGCACAGUCCCGUUCAAUGCUAAGAGGAUAGCUGAACCGAACGCCUCCGAGCCCUCAUCCAAGCGAGCCAAGCUCGAGACCGUCACACCUGAUGGUCACGAGCAGGCUGGUGCUGCCUCUCCUUCGCCAGCCAUGGAGAGCAGCGUUGAAGGGAUGGGUGUGAGCCCCCCAUCAGAUGCCGGGAAUAGUGGCGACGAUGGUCUUAGCAAUCUGAGUAUUCCUGAACUUAAGGCUCUAGCACUGGUAUGUCGGUGUUAG